AUUACAACGCUCACAAAGGCUACAAGUGGAACACGUCGUUGGUGCCGAUAGUUUUAAAUCCAACCUCUAUGUGUGCUGUGGUAUCAACGGUUUACCUGACUAAAUUCUUUCAGUCAUUAGCUGUAUACACCGUUAAAACUGGAAUCCAGAAUUUUUCUGUUUAGUAAUUAAUGUAUUAUUCUAACCUUAGUGGACUGAAAUAGUGACUUGAUCCUAAACAGACUGUGCAAAUUUAAACCCUACAAGUAGUUGAACGCGCCGUUUGGCAGAUGUUAUGAAUUCAAUUUUUUAUCUCGCUUGAUGUCAACCAUUAGCGGACAUGAUUACUUUGGAAUAAUACAUAUUUUAAGGUAACUUGGUAGAAUGGAAGCAACUACCGUAGCUGCAUCGACGCUGCCUUCGAGAGCAAAAUUUCUGGCCUGCGCCCCACCUCCGACGGGUUCGCCUCCAACGGUACCCGCGAGAUCCGUUGCAUCGGGAUCUCUUGUGGUGCGCCACCAUUCUAACAGUUUCUCGGAAGAGCCCGGCCACCAGCAGAAGAAUCACGUGGUGAAGAUCCUGAUCAACCCCAAGAGCGCCACGGACCGGAGCGACGCGGUCUCCCAGAAUGGCGACGCCGUCGCCGUCAGGGACAGACAGACGGACAGUGUUGUUUGUGAUGUGGCGCCGUGUGUUCGGAUCAGCGUGAACUCUGACUCGGAAAUGAUCGAGAACCACACCAUGUCCGAGACGUCCGGUUCUUUCUUCUGUUUCGGGACUUACAGUUGUGGGGUGAAGUCCAGCGGGCAGAUCUCGCCGUUCAGCGACACCCCGGACUCGGGCACCUGCAGCGACCUAGACGGGGCGCCUCCCUCGCUCCCCAAGAAGAAGGGCGACGGCAUCUCCAUCACCCUCAUAGAGUCGCACAAGAGGGCGCCAAGUUCCAGCAGCGGAGCUGAGGUCGACAGCGACGACGAUGAGAGCAACAUCAGCUGCGACUCCCUCAACAGCGGCAAAAUAUCCCCAGUGAACAUCCGGACCGUCGUUUCCUCCGAAUCAGACAAGUCCUCAUAUUUACCUCAAAUGUUGCUUCAGGACAUCAGGCAGAGAAAUAAGAAACUCUCUCCCGCUGAACCUCCGCCGGUAAUCAUCGAGAAAUCCUACGAGGAACGAAAGAAAGAAGAGAGGGAGGAGAAAAUAGAAAAGAAGUUUACUGCUGACAUGUUCUAUAAUUUUCACAUAAACGAACACGUGAUUAACGUUAAGCCUCAGACCGUGGUGGAGGACGAGACGUUCGCUGGGUAUAAGGACAUGCUUAAUGGCGGUGCUGCUACCAUACGUAGUGCCAAGGGGACGGUGAGGGGUGUUAAGAACAGGGUUCGCGCUGGGAUUGCCACGUUUCUUCAAAUUCACAGUACUGGAAAGAACUACAAAGAAAAAGAGGCUGGGAAAGUGGUCGUGUACACGACGACAAUGGGCAUAGUCCGAGAGACGUACCAGGCCUGCAUGAAAGUGAAGCAGAUCCUGCGGACUCUUCUGGUGAAAUACGAGGAGAGGGAUGUGUUCAUGAGCUCGGAGUACCAGGCGGAGAUCCAGGAGCGCAUGCAAUGCAAAGACAUUUUGGUGCCGCAGAUGUUCGUCGACGGUCAACACAUCGGGGAUGCUGAAACAAUAGAAAGAUUGAAUGAAACCGGGGAAUUAAGAAGAAUAUUAAAACCUUUUAAGAGUAUGGACGUUUGUACGACCUGCAAAGUCUGCGGAGGCUUCAGACUUCUGCCGUGCCAGAUUUGUAACGGAAGCAAGAAAUCGGUGCAUAGAAACCACUUCACAGCGGAAUUCGUUGCCUUAAAAUGUAUGAACUGUGAUGAAGUCGGACUAGUACGCUGCACCUCCUGUUCAUAAACUAGGACGAUUGUUUUUAAUUUUGUAUUUCGUUUUUGGCAACACUACUGCUUUGCAACCUGGCGUCUAACUUCAGAUUCUACUUGGGUUGGUAUUUUAUGGGAAAAACUGCUUUUAUAAGUUAAUUUGACCCAAACUUUGCUUGGGAAU